UUAAAACUCGGUCACUUGUCAAAAACAACCGUAAAUGUCAAAUGAGUUGUUUACGAAACGCUAAACAUUCAACAAUUUGCACAUCUGAAGUUGUAUUGUGAUUGCCGGAGCUAACUGUGUAACUAGUGCAAUAAGAGAAUAGCAAUGAAACCCACUAUUGACGUUGAUUCCUUACGCACGGAGCACGAAUCGGACGAGCAAUGGGAAGUGAGACGCAGCUUCAUGAUGGAGCAUAAAGAUAACUUCGAGGAAUCCGAAUUGAUCACUCUCGCACAAUUGUUCACGAAUAUAGAGUUCCUGGGAUGCAGAUAUCCUCAACAGACUAUGAAAAGGAUAGCAAAACUAGCUGAGAAAGUGUCGGCGCAGUAUAAAAAAACAAGAGAGAACAAAUUGAAGAGGACAUUUGUACAAGCGAGUGAUGCGGCUGAGCAGAAAGCUAAGCGGUCAUUCAAAUAAUGUAAUGUAGGUGGAAUAAUAGCUCAAAUACAACUACACAGCGGGAACAUUACGUCCACCGUCAGCGGGCGACGUGCGUUUACAAUGAGAUUUCCUUAAACAAUGCUGUAAGCUUUACAUUCAGAACAAAAUAAAGUGUUUGAAAUUUAA